ACUCGCACGAGACCGCCUGGAUCCGUCCUCCGUCACGUCGGUCGGCGUAUCAGUCGCGUAGCGUCGCAGCCUCGGAAGAGACGUGCGUCGAUUUUCGUCUACAGCGGCUCCGUUUGUGUCGCGUGCCGAUACCGGUUCCGUGCAACGUCGAUCGUUAUCCCACUGAAAAUACGCAGGGGUUCAGUUUUUGCCGGAUGACGGAACACGACGCUUCAAUUCAGCAGAGUUCAGCGUGAGCGGGACAGGAAGCCAAACACCGAUACAAUACCGAGCGUCCGGUUUUUUCUUUCUUCAGAAUAAAAGCCCCCGUGGGGAUGAUGGGCAGAGUCAAACCUGGAGCCGAGAGAAUCCCGCAGGACAGCAUGGAUCAGGAACAGCUGAUCUCUGAGGUGGAAAAAUACCCCAUAUUUUAUAAUCCGGCACAUCCUUAUUACAAGGACAACGUGAAAAAAGAAAAAACAUGGAUCACCAUAGCAACGGUGUUGGGAGCGGAUGCCGAUCUUUGCAGAAACAGGUGGAGGACGCUGAGGGACACGUACGUCAGGAACCGGAAAAAAAGAUUGUCUUUUGCCUCAGCAGGAGGCGCUCAGAAGGAAUGGAGAUACACAGACAGCAUGUCCUUCCUCAAUCCCCACAUAUACCAAAGGAGUUCAAAAAGAAACCUUCGAGCUCUUCUGAACGAGGAGGAGGGAUCGUUAACGCCGCUGUCUCACUGUGGAUCAGAGGAGGAGGAGGAGGAGGAGAAGGAGGAGAAGGAGGAGAAGGAGCCCUGUGGCAGCUCGUCUGCAAUGCUGGAGUGUCGGCCACUUUCUGCAUCUCCGGUAUCGUCCAAAUCUGAGCCCGUGUCGCCUGGGGAGAGGGACAGGCCUCGGUCCCGCAGCCCGAGGGAGCGGAGGUCGGCUGCACCCACAGAAACUCUGGCAAAUCCCGGGAGGAGCAGACCACAGCCGGCAGACGGCAUCACCAUCUUACAGGCACCACCCAAGCCAGAGUCAGCCGUGGACGAGUGCUACUACUUUUCCUUAAGCAUCGCCCCGCUGCUGCUCAAAAUGGACCAUACCACCAGACAACAAACUAAAGUCGCAAUCAUGAACACCAUCAUUAGCAUGGAGAACGGCACAGCAGGCCAAACACGACCAAACACGACCACAUCCAAGUUAGCACACACCCAACUCCCCCGACCAGCCCUCUUUUAUUAAAACUUUAUUGACGAAAUUAAACAACACAAUCCACUUUUAUGACAA